AGCUACUUUGUGAUUGGUGGGAAGUUUCUGGAGGUCUGGGAGGAGGUUGAUUGUAAAUAAAAGUAGCCGCGCGCAGCUCCGUCAUCAGUCGCGAGAAACAACAGAGCGGGACAGCGGAGUUAGGAGGAAAGACAACCCAGCAGCACUCAGGGAUAAAACCGUUUUUUGAAAAAAAAAAAAAAUGUCUACAGCUAAAGGAGUGUCAAUUGGCAUCGACCUGGGCACCACCUACUCCUGUGUGGGAGUAUUCCAGCAUGGCAAAGUGGAGAUCAUUGCUAAUGACCAGGGAAACAGGACCACCCCCAGCUACGUGGCCUUCACUGACACCGAGAGGCUCAUUGGAGACGCCGCCAAGAACCAAGUGGCCAUGAACCCCAGCAACACCAUUUUUGAUGCUAAGCGACUGAUUGGCAGAAAGUACGAUGACCACAUUGUCCAGUCUGACAUGAAGCUUUGGCCUUUCAAGGUGGUCAGUGAUGGAGGGAAACCUAAAGUCCAAGUGGAAUACAAAGGUGAGAACAAGAGUUUCUACCCAGAAGAGAUCUCCUCCAUGGUCUUGACUAAGAUGAAAGAGAUUGCCGAGGCCUACCUUGGGCAGAAAGUCGCAAACGCAGUCAUCACCGUACCUGCCUACUUUAACGACUCUCAGCGCCAGGCAACUAAAGAUGCAGGCGUCAUUGCUGGACUGAAUGUGCUGAGGAUCAUCAAUGAACCUACGGCAGCUGCCAUCGCAUACGGACUGGACAAAGGUAAAAAAGGAGAGCGCAACGUCCUCAUCUUUGACUUGGGAGGUGGCACCUUUGAUGUGUCCAUCCUCACCAUUGAAGAUGGCAUCUUUGAAGUGAAGGCCACAGCAGGAGACACCCACUUGGGUGGAGAAGAUUUUGACAACCGCAUGGUCAACCACUUCAUCGAAGAGUUCAAAAGGAAAUACAAAAAGGACAUCAGCCAGAACAAAAGGGCCGUCAGGAGGCUGAGGACAGCGUGCGAGAGAGCCAAGAGAACCCUGUCCUCCAGCACCCAGGCCAGCAUUGAGAUCGACUCGCUGUAUGAAGGUAUCGACUUCUACACGUCCAUCACCAGGGCACGCUUUGAGGAGAUGAACUCGGACCUGUUCAGAGGCACACUGGAGCCUGUGGAGAAGGCACUCCGAGAUGCCAAGAUGGACAAGUCUCAGAUUCAUGAAAUUGUUCUUGUUGGAGGUUCCACACGCAUUCCUAAAAUCCAGAAACUCCUUCAGGACUUCUUUAAUGGCAGAGAGCUUAACAAGAGCAUCAAUCCUGAUGAAGCUGUGGCUUAUGGUGCCGCUGUCCAGGCAGCCAUCCUGAUGGGUGACACCUCUGAAAACGUGCAGGAUCUGCUGCUGCUUGACGUGGCUCCUCUGUCCUUGGGCAUUGAGACAGCAGGUGGAGUCAUGACAGCUCUCAUCAAGCGCAACACAACCAUCCCCACCAAGCAAACCCAGACCUUCACAACCUAUGCAGACAACCAGCCAGGAGUCCUGAUUCAGGUUUAUGAAGGGGAGCGGGCCAUGACCAAGGAUAAUAAUCUGCUGGGCAAGUUUGAACUGACUGGGAUACCCCCAGCCCCACGAGGUGUGCCACAGAUCGAAGUGACCUUUGAUAUCGAUGCCAAUGGUAUUCUGAAUGUGUCUGCCGUGGACAAGAGCACUGGCAAGGAGAACAAGAUCACGAUUACUAAUGACAAAGGGCGCCUGAGCAAAGAGGAGAUUGAGAAGAUGGUUCAGGAUGCUGAAAAGUACAAAGCUGAGGAUGAAGCGCAGAGGGAAAGAAUGACCGCUAAGAACUCCCUCGAGUCGUACGCCUAUAACAUUAGAAGUACUGUGGAAGAUGAGAAUUUGAAGGGAAAAAUUAGUGAGGAUGACAAAAAGAAGAUUGUGGACAAAUGUAACCAGACCAUCUCUUGGCUUGAGAAUAAUCAGUUGGCUGAGAAGGAGGAAUAUGAGCAUCAGCAGAAAGAACUGGAGAACGUGUGUAAUCCCAUCAUCACCAAGCUUUAUCAAGGGGCAGCGCCAGGAGGGAUGCCAGGAGCCCAGAGUCAAGGAGCUUCUGGUUCAUCUCAGGGGCCAACUAUUGAGGAGGUAGAUUAGUAAGGAAUAUAUGUAUAUAAGUGCCAAAGACAAAACUAUUUAUACUGUAUAACUGAUGACCACAUUGAAGCCAUUGUCUGUAAAUUUAGACUGCGUGUUCAUUUUCAAAAUAAGUUGUGUUUGAAUACGCUGGGCGGCAUGGUGCCACUUUGGCUCUGCUAUGUUAUUGUUUGGUGUCUGUAUGUGUCUUUUUCUUUUUUUACUUUGGCCAUUUCUUUUUCGGUUGAUUUGAUGAAUUUCAACUUCUCUUAUAUGUACUACAGCAAAGUCCAUGUUCAGGGUUGAUUCCUGCUUUGCACCUUAUGCCGCCAUAACAGGCGAUCGCUCCUUGCAAUGCUGUAUGUACACUCAGAAGUAGGGGCAGAUGGUGCCAUUUAUGUUACUAUUUUCACGUAUGUCUAAUGUUUGAAUCAUUUAAUUUUUUAUAAAGGAAGUUCAAUAAAGCUGUUAAAUGUA